AUGCAAACACAACAAUUCCUCCAACAGAAGGGUCAAUCCAUCACGACUCUCCAUGAAAAAUACAAAAUUCGCUCAUCAACACAUCCCGAUCAAACUUCCUUCCCAUUAAUUGUAUUAAAUUAUGACAAUAUUCAAUCGCCACGUGAUGAACAAAUUGUCAAUGAAUGCAGAGGCUUGGUGUUGGAAUUAAAUUCGUGGAAAAUUGUGGCGAGAGGAAUGACCAGGUUUUUUAAUCAGCACCAUUCGUAUUCGUCCUCUCCGAAUAUUAGAGGACUAAAUGAUGAUAGAGAAUUGGUGUUUUUGGAACAGGAUCAGUCGCCAUCAUUGGAGAAAUCCAAAUUGUUUGAUUAUUCUAAUUUCAGUUUGGAGACAAAGGAAGAUGGAACGUUUCUUUUAAUGUUUUGCUAUGAGGGAGAGUGGAUGAUUGCAACGAGACACAACUUUUGUGAGGAUUAUUUGGCAAUUGGAAGUGAAACACAGAAAACAUAUAGAGAGCUAUUUGUGGAAAUUUGUGGCGGAGUAGAAUUGAAUGAGAUUGGAAAGGAUUUGGAUCCAUCACUGACCUAUUGUUUGGAAAUGUGUUCCUCACAAAAUGAAAUUGUUCAAAUCUAUCAGAAUCCUGUCAUUUACUUACUGACAAUUGUAGAGACACAAAGUGGAAAGGAACUCUCCAGGGAUCAAGUUGAUAAAAUUUGCUUGAAAUUGAGAAAGAGAGCCGAGUUGAAGAAUUGGAAGAGACCAAAACGUUUUGAGAAUUUUUCAAGUCUGGAACAAGCUCUCAAACAUUUGGAUACAUUCAUCUCUACUCAUGAGAAUGUAGAAGCAAGAUUGAGAAUUGAAGGAUUCAUCAUGAGAGACACCAACAAUCAGCGAUUGAAAUUGAAAAAUCCAUUCUAUCUCCUCAUUCAUAAAAUGAAAUAUAGAGGAUGGAUUCAAGCCACUCCAAAAUUCCUCAUUCCGUUCGUUGUUCACUUUGAAGACUAUAAGAAAUCGAGUAAUUCCGAUAAGCCAUUUAUCAUUUCAGUUUUGAGCAAGUACUACGAAUGUGAAUAUGAAAUGAAAGAACUCGAAGUUAGAUAUCAAUACUGUAAGAAUAUUCUCCAAAAGGAAAUUGUACAAUUAGAAAGUUUGUGGAGUACCUGUUCUAAAAUGAACGAACAAGAAUUUGAAACAUUUCAAAACGAUCCCUCUGUGAAAAAUCGAUCAAGAUUAUUUGAUUUAAUUAAGGUCCUCAAAAACAGCACUUGUUCUGAAAAACCAACACUAUCUCAACUAUUGAAGAAUAAUUCAACUUACAUUGUAGCUCAAUUAUUCUCUGGUCAGAGUCAACAAGAGGCAUUCGAGAGUGCAGUGCUUAGUAGUAGAGCAAGCAAGCACUCUGAAAAUUAUUGCCAACCAGCCAAGAAGUUGAAAGUUACAGAGCCAAACAAUGGUCUAGCCAAAACGAAACCAUUUCUAGACAAGAAAACUAACCAAUACAAGGUACAAUGCUAUUGUGGGAAGGCUAUGGUUUUGAAAAGACUGAAAAGAGAUUUAGUGCAAUAUAGAAAGUGUCAUUGUGGUAAAUGUUUUGAUAUUCAUACGUACAAAGUUGGUACACUCCUGUAUCAAUGCACUUCCUAUCCUAAAUGCUUACUUAAUCAUGAAGCUCACCAAAGAGAUGAAAUGUUUUCAGAUGAGAAAAUCCAAUAUUACAAAGGUCAACCACUAGGCAUCCCAUCAAGUGAAUUGUGUAAAAUUUAUCGACUCCAAAUUCAUGAAAUCAUGUCCAUCCUAAUGAAAAAGAACAAUUGGAAAAAGAGUCAAUGCUAUCAAUUAAUUGCUGAAUGGUUAAAAGUAGAGAAAAGUCAAGCUCACGUAGCUCUAUUCUCAAUAGAGACGUGUUUAUUCGUAAUCUCCAAAUUCAUUGAUAAUUACAAUAUUUACAAUUAAAUCCUAAAUUAUUCAUCAAAUAAGGAUGUGGAUUCACAAUCAUAAAUGGCUAUCGAUGAAUAAUGGUAUUGAGAUUCAUCAAUGCUUCAUGAAGAAAAUCCAAAUUUUCUUUCAAAUAAUCAAAUAAUAAUCUGUGAUUAAGGGAAAA